AUGGAAGGAACUUCCGUCACGACAUGUAGUGAUGUUGGAUAUCAGUAUAUGUCCCCCAAUGCAACACAUUGCGAAGGCAAUUAUCCACCUGCCCAUCAACCAAUUGGCGUCGAUAUCGAGCCCGCACGAAUGGCGCUCAUAUACCACACGCCGUUCUUGCAGCGUUUGGGAUCCGAUCUUGCAUCUGUCACUCUUGAUGCAGAGCAGCCGAACUUGUGGAACGACAAAAUGCCAGCAGAUGCAUGGAGGGUGUCUAAGGCUAACGGACAAACAUACUACAAAUCGCUAAAGCCCUGGCUUUCAGGUUUUACCAACCCAUACAAUGACUAUGAAAUGCCGGAAUUCUUUGUCGCGGCGAUUCCCACUAAUUCGACUACCGGGGUUUUGCGUCAGCACGCAAUGAGAUUCAAUUCCUCCGUGCAGUGCAAAUCAAUCGAACGCACAUCUUUCCCGUCCAAUUGUCCGGGGAAAAUGCCCUUCUUUACCGACAUACGAAAGUCGAACGAAACUAGCAUCCGAGUCUGCGUACCUGGUGAAGUUGGCGCCUUUCCAUGGACCAAGUCGCGGAACCGACAAGACAUUAUCGAGGAACUCUAUCUGGAUCUAUGGGACGGUGAUGUGAGCAUCGCGAAUCCUAACGAAGGGCAAAUACCCGUCAAUGCGACAAUCCGAUGCGAAGCAAGAACGACGCGAGCCUAUUUUGGACUGGGGAACUCACACAACAAUAACACUUACAGCCCGUUGCUGACGCAGUGGCCGAGUCGCGACCAAAUGGAAGAAAAUUCCAACGACUGGGUCGAGACAGAUUACUACAACGGAUUCAUACCAUCUGAAAUGGAUGACUAUGAAGGAGAAGACCGUCCUCAACCAUUCUUUCGCGGAGCUAGCCUGUCCGGUGAAUGGCGAGUAUCAGGACCACUGACUACCUCUGCAAUCGCGCUGUUUGGAAACACCUCAUGGAUCCACAACGCAGUGGCAUAUACUGCAAACAUGACCUGGAAAUCUGCAAAAGACCGAACUACGGUAUCAUGGCAUCAGCCGUGUGCAGGAAUGCCUUUCGGACUCGUCCGUUCAAGUUACUCUGACUACCGCACAUCCGAUUUCUGCAGAUUGAACUAUCAAAAUAUUCUUCGCGGGCUUGAAACACAGCAAUCCGACUGGCUAGGAGUCAUACACGCAUGGGUCAGGAAAUUUGCACCGAUUCAGCGCGAUGUGGACAGGAACGUCAUGGCGACGGUCGAAUCUCUAUUGCAAGUCAGCCUGUUCGCUGCCAAUCGAGCACUCUUGACCUUCUACUCGCCGGACGUGGCUGCAAGAGAUGAAACCGACCAAGGAUAUGAGGGUCGUAUAAUUCGUUCCUCACCAGGUAUGAAGGUGCAGAAGCCUGUGCUAGGCAAGGCUGCAGUCAUAACGUUGUCUCUUGUAAUAGCACUGCAGCUCCUUGGCCUUGCUUAUCUUGCUUACUACAUCUAUCACGUCCCUACGUGGUCCGGAGCCCUGGACGCAAUGGCAAUAGCUCGAAUUGGAGCAAAUCUUGGUAACGAAGGACUAUUGCCUCCGAUAGGUCCAGUAACUGCGAAGGAUUACGAUGCAUUGCGGCACGUUGAUGGUCUAAUUGGACUUGGAGGGAUUCAAGAUGGUAUGGAUCAAACACAAAGGCUGUCGCCGAGUCCCACCAGUGAUGACGGGAGCUCUGAUGUCGAGCUUCAACUUGUUGAAACCAAGGGAGUGUAUGUCAAUGUGGAAGCCCAGAGUCCGUCACUGCAACUUGAGUUGGGCGCCUCCGGAAUGAUUGCUGCGCGUAGUGGAGAUAGCGGUCUCGCAAGACGACGGAAGGAUGAGGAUGAUAGCACGUCGCAGCCGAUACUGAAGUGA